AUGACAGCCUGCGUGGAUUCAUCAUUCGAAGCCAUUGCAGUCAACACGCCCUCAACGCUCCAUCGCUGGUCGCGCACUCCCCAGAAAAUCACCUCCUUCGUACCAACACAAGAUCCCUCAUUUUUCGGCCUUCGACCCUCACUAUCAGAACAUGCCAUCUCCGAUCUACCUUCCCUCACCUCGGCCAGAGGGGCGGAUUUCAUCCUCGAUUUUGGCAUCCAUAUGGUCGGCCACCUGUCGUUCCUGCUCACGUCGUCGGGAGAGCAUAUGGAUGCCCCUUGCAGACUGCGCCUCACGUUUGGAGAAUCACCGCUGGAUGUCACGAUGGGAAUGGAGGGUGUAGAGACAUGGAUCAGUACCGCCUGGCUUCCUGAUGAGGUGAUCAAUGUCGACGAAUGCCCGCAGGUGAUAUCGCUAAAGCGACGCUACGCAUUCCGAUACCUUCGCAUUGAAAUCAUCGACACAUCGCCAAAGUUCAAGGUCUCAUUCUCAGACAUCAAGUGCGAGUGCACCAGCGCCAUCAGCCAAGACCAUCGCAUCGACGCAAUUGACUUCAACGACCAGCUACUGCAGGACAUCGACCAUGUCAGCAUCUCCACACUGCGGGAUUGCAUGCAGAGUGUCUUUGAGGAUGGCCCGCGGCGGGACCGGAGAUUGUGGAUUGGUGACCUGCGGCUGCAAGCCCAGGCGAAUUACCGCACGCUUCGAGACUUUCACCUCGUCAAGCGAUGCAUUUUCCAGUUUGCUGCCGUUGCCCGGGAAGACGGAUCAUUGCCGGCUUGUCUCUUUCAUACGCCUCGACUGGCGCCAUCAACGGACUAUAUUGUCGACUACGACGCGCUGUUCAGCGUCAUUGUCUACGACUACGUCGUUGCCUCUGGAGAUCUGGAGACAGGGCAUACCCUUUGGGCAACGGUGCUCAGUUGCGUCAAGCGAGCAUUAGCCCACCUGAACCCAGUAACGCACAUCUUCGAAGUCAAUCGCAGCACCGGAUUCAAGUUUCUUGACUGGGCCAAGGGGCUGGACAAAUCUGCGGGCUCCCACGGCCUCCUCCUGUUCUGCCUGCGGGCCAUCAACAGCCUAGCCGAGCAACUGGGCAAGGAACCCCCCUUCACUGACCUUGUGAGAAAAAUGGCAGAGGUUGCACCAGUCUUCCUCAGAGACGGCGUGUUCGUCUCGGGUCCAGAAAACCAGCUCAGCUACGCCUCCGCGGCAUGGCUUGUCCUCUCCGACGCGUUUCCGCGCUCGACCGCGCGCGAGGCCCUGCUUGCCACGAUGAAGCAUCCGGCCGCCGUCAAGCCACUGACACCGUACCUAUGGCACUACGUCUGCGAAGCGCUUCUCAUGGUCGGCUGCUAUGACGAAUGCAUAGAGCUGAUCAAGGAGUACUGGGGCGGGAUGGUGAAGGCGGGUGCGGACACCUUCUGGGAAUGCUAUGAUGCCGAGGAUCCCACGGCCAGUCCGUAUGGUGACGUGCGGAAUAAUAGUUUUUGUCAUGCGUGGAGUUGCACGCCAACGUACUUUCUGAGGGGGGAGCUGUUGGGGAGGGUCGGUGGUCGAGUUACGGGGACAGUGGCCAUGGGGGAGCUGGAUGAUCGAUGGAUUGAGCGCUCUGUCGGUGCGGUGUCAUCGCGUGGUCUCGUUGAUGUGGCAGAGCACAACACAGUAGAAUGA